CCUGUCAACGUAGAGUGGUAAGUGGCUGUUUAUAUACACUUGUAGUUUGAUUGACAGGACUGAAUAUUCAGGAUCCUCCCGAACUUUCAUUUAGAACUUCAUUUCACAAGUUCACCUGCCCAUCCAGCCCCUGAAUGUAGGGUGACCAGAUGUGUUGGUCCAAAUGAGGAUGUUGUGCUCAAAGAGGACAUAUGGUCACCGUAUGAAAAUUAAACUUAAGCUUUAAGGGUAAACAUCUACUUUUCAGAUCCAAGGUAAGUGGUAAUCUGGAAUCUGAUCGACAGGGUUGGGAUUUUUGGAUACCUUUGGCCAAGAGAGAGAUUUGUGGAUUAUUUAUAGUGGGACAUGGCUGGCUGAAAAUUAAUUUAUAGAAGAAGUGGAUGUCGCUAAUGUAAGGUGGUUGUGUUUUAUUUGAUGUAUGUAGGUUGCGAAAGAGGAGACUGAUAAAAGGGAAAAAUCAGGGAAGGGGCGCUUAUGGAUUGAGUGGAAAUAUUUUAAGCUUUUCCAUGCUGUGAAAUAAGACUGGAGUGUUCUGGGGGAUACUGCUUAUAGAAUUAAAUGUACUGAUAAACUGCGAAGGUGAUUAAGCGGAUGAUUUACUGGAAUGACAUCUCCAAAAAUGGUGGGACUGGUGUGGGAAACAGGUCUGCAUGAGGAGCCAAUGUCUUGAAUUUCUGAAAAGCAAAACUGAAAAGUGAGUCAGCAAUUUGAUUCUUGAAUCCUGGAAUGUGUUCAGCUUUAACAAUGCAUUGUUUGCAUGCAGAGAUCCAAAUUAGACGUCUCAGAAAUGGCAUUAAUUCGGGAGAAUUUGAUCAGCCUUUGUUAAUGCUAUAAACUGCAGCCGUGUUGUCACAAUGAAAGAGCACACUUUUAGAUGACAACUCUUUUCCCCAUAGGGAAGCGGCCACUACGAUUGGAUACAAUUCAUGGAGUGCGGAGGAUGAGGGCUCUAAACUGGUAAGCUCCGGAGGCCAGGUAGACGCGAACCAGCGACCUUGAUAGUAUCCACCGAAACCCAUGAAGGGGGCUGCAUCGGUGAAUAAACGGAGGUCUGAUGCGAGACAGAUGGGAUCUUCGUAGAAGAAGCCUUGCAGCUGAUCCAGGGAGAAUGCCCUGCUUUGCAGACCGGACACAUGCAUUCUUUUGCCUGCCCCAUUCUGAACGGCCUGAUGCGUGGUGGCCUCCCCCUGCGAGGGAUAACAGAGCUGGCAGGAGCUGCCUAUAUUUGCACUGAGGAUUCCUUUCCUAUCAAACGGCUACGGCAACUCAUUACCCAACAGCCUCGUCUCAGACCAGAUCUGCCACCAGCUCUGAUUCACAGCAGGCGUUUUAGUGACAACAUCUUCAUCGAGCAUGCAGCUGACCUGGAGGCUCUGCAGGCAUGUGUGUCUCAGCGUGUGCCUGUGCUGCUGAAGAAAGGCCUGGUUAGACUGGUGGUGGUGGACUCAGUGGCUGCUCUGUUCCAAAGCGAUUUCCAGGCUGAUGAGGCUGUAAAGAGGUCACUCCACCUGUUGGCUUUUUCCAGAACGCUCCACCGCCUGAGUCAUACAUAUGGUGCACCUGUACUCUGCAUCAACCAGGUACAGGUACAAAGGUUACAGAUGUCGUGGAUGGCCCAAAUCCAGGAAGGUGUGAUUAUGGGCUGGUGGGGAGUAAGGUGCUUCCUGCAUUGGGCAUUGCUUGGGCCAUCCAAGUGAUGGUGAGACUCAUACUCAGGAGAUUGGCGGGGUCUGUAAAUUUAGACAGCCGAAGCAGUGCUCCCCGAAAAUUAGAGAUAGUGUUUGGUCCAUACCUUCCUCGACCAAGCUGUCUGUGUGGUGUUUGGGAAGAAGGAGUGAGAGGAAUCCCUGAUGACGGAUCGGAAGUGCAACCACAGAGCUCUUCAUGAUGAAUUAUCCACAGUGCCAAAAGGAUCAGAUGGAGAAUUAUGCAUGUUUAUUAAGGACAUUUGAAACCUUUUGUUCAGAUGCACAAGACUCUGAGGAAUGGCUAAAAAUGUUUAGCAUUUAAAAAUACACUAACAACAUCAUUUGCUUAUAUUUUGUUCAUAGGUAUUAAGUGAAAAUAAUUUUGCUAAAACUAAUAUCUCAUCAUAUUUUUAUAAGAAUACACUUUUUUUAUUCCUGGUUUUUCUUAUGAUGUGGGAUAAAUAUUUCAGUGACCAUGUAAUAUAAUUUUGUGUUGUCACAUUACACUUCUUGCCAUACGAUCAGCAUUUACCUGAUCGUGGGGCACUCUCAAACCAUGGCAUGCUGAUGGAGACAGUAGGAAAACAAAAAAAGAUGACAUUCAAAGAUGCAGUAAUUUUUACUGGAAAAAAAAUAGCAUGAACAACACUCUGUCAAUUUUUUGAUCCUUGUUGCAAGCUGAUUACUAUUCUAUCAGCUUAUCUUUAUUCUGUGACUUUAACGCAAGA